GCAGGGGUGUGGUUAAGCCGGAGGAGGAGAAGGGGAAAACACAAACCUGUCAGCGCUCUUACUCAGCGGAGGCCUCCCGAGCCGCCGCGAGCCCCUUCGGAAGCGCCCCUUACCUGCCUAGCCCCCGCCGCACCUGGCCGAGCAGAGAAGAAGCCGCAGCCGCCGCCACUGGAGCCGGCGCUUCGCCCCGAGACUGCGAUGUUCUGGUCCUAGCCGCCGUCAGAGAGGAUGUCCAGGGUGUCUGAGGCCCUGAGCCGAGUGAAGGUGGGCACAUUACGUCGGUCUGAAGGCCCCGCAGAGCCCAUGGUGGUCGUGCCAGUAGACGUGGAAAAGGAAGACGUGAGGAUCCUCAAGGUCUGCUUCUAUGGCAACAGCUUCAACCCUGGGAAGAACUUCAAACUGGUUAAAUGCACUGUGCAGACCGAGAUCCGGGAAGUCAUCGCCUCCAUCCUGCUGAGCGGGCGGAUCGGGCCCAACAUCCAGCUGGCUGACUGCUAUGGGCUGAGGCUGAAGCACAUGAAGUCAGACGAGAUCCACUGGCUACAUCCGCUGAUGACAGUGGGGGAGGUGCAGGACAAGUAUGAGUGUCUGCAUGUGGAAGCCGAGUGGAGGUAUGACCUUCAAGUCCGCUACCUGCCAGAGGACUUCAUGGAGAGCCUGAAAGAGGACAAGACCACGCUGCUUUAUUUUUACCAACAGCUCCGGAACGACUACAUGCAGCGCUAUGCCAGCAAGGUCAGCGAGGGGAUGGCCCUGCAGCUGGGCUGUCUGGAGCUCAGGCGGUUCUUCAAGGACAUGCCCCACAAUGCACUUGACAAAAAGUCCAACUUCGAGCUCCUGGAGAAAGAAGUGGGCCUGGACCUGUUUUUCCCAAGGCAAAUGCAGGAGAACUUAAAGCCCAAGCAGUUCCGGAAGAUGAUCCAGCAGACGUUCCAGCAGUACGCCUCGCUCCGGGAGGAGGAGUGCGUCAUGAAGUUCUUCAACACCCUCGCAGGCUUUGCCAACAUUGACCAGGAGACCUAUCGCUGUGAACUCAUUCAAGGAUGGAACAUUACUGUGGACCUGGUCAUUGGCCCUAAAGGCAUCCGCCAGCUGACAAGUCAAGAUGCAAAGCCCACCUGCCUGGCCGAGUUCAAGCAGAUCAAGUCCAUCAGGUGCCUCCCUCUGGAGGAGGGCCAGGCGGUACUGCAGCUGGGCAUUGAAGGCGCUCCCCAGUCCUUGUCCAUCAAAACCUCCUCUCUGGCAGAGGCCGAGAACAUGGCUGACCUCGUAGAUGGUUACUGCAGGCUGCAAGGGGAGCACAAGGGCUCUCUCAUCAUUCGAACCAAAAAAGAUGGUGAGAAGCGGAACAGUCUGCCCCAGAUCCCCACGCUAAACCUGGAGGCUCGGCGGCCCCACCUCUCAGAAAGCUGCAGCAUAGAAUCAGACAUCUAUGCUGAGAUCCCUGACGAGACCCUGCGAAGACAAGGAGGCCCACAGUAUGGCAUCACCCGGGAAGAUGUGGUCCUGAAUCGUAUUCUUGGUGAAGGCUUUUUUGGGGAGGUCUAUGAAGGUGUCUACACAAAUCAUAAAGGGGAGAUGAUCAACGUGGCUGUGAAGACCUGCAAGAAAGACUGCACUCUAGAUAACAAGGAGAAGUUCAUGAGUGAGGCAGUGAUCAUGAGGAACCUGGACCACCCACACAUUGUGAAGCUGAUCGGCAUCAUUGAAGAGGAGCCCACCUGGAUCAUCAUGGAACUGUACCCCUACGGGGAGCUGGGCCACUACCUGGAGCGAAACAAGAACAGCCUGAAGGUGCUCACUCUUGUCCUGUACUCGCUGCAGAUCUGCAAGGCCAUGGCCUACCUGGAAAGCAUCAACUGUGUCCACAGGGACAUUGCUGUCCGGAACAUCCUGGUAGCCUCCCCGGAGUGUGUGAAGCUGGGGGACUUUGGCCUUUCCCGAUACAUUGAGGAUGAGGAGUAUUACAAAGCCUCUGUGACCCGUCUGCCAAUCAAAUGGAUGUCCCCUGAGUCCAUCAACUUCCGCCGCUUCACGACUGCCAGCGAUGUCUGGAUGUUUGCUGUGUGCAUGUGGGAAAUCCUGAGCUUCGGAAAGCAGCCCUUCUUCUGGUUGGAGAACAAGGAUGUCAUUGGGGUGCUGGAAAAGGGGGACCGGCUGCCCAAGCCUGACCUCUGCCCGCCCAUUCUCUACACCCUCAUGACCCGCUGCUGGGACUAUGACCCCAGUGAACGACCCCGCUUCACCGAGCUCGUGUGCAGCCUCAGUGACAUUUACCAGAUGGAGAAGGACAUCGCCUUAGAGCAGGAGAGGAACGCUCGCUACCGACCUCCCAAAAUCUUAGAGCCCACACCCUUCCAGGAACCCCCACCCAAGCCCAGCCGACCCAAGUACAGACCCCCUCCACAAACCAACCUUCUGGCACCCAAGCUGCAAUUCCAGGUCCCUGAGGGUCUGUGUGCCAGCUCACCCACGCUCACCAGCCCUAUGGAGUAUCCAUCUCCUGUAAACUCGCUGCACACCCCACCUCUCCACCGGCACAAUGUCUUCAAGCGCCACAGCAUGCGGGAGGAGGACUUUGUCCGGCCCAGCAGCCGGGAGGAGGCCCAGCAGCUGUGGGAGGCCGAGAGGCUCAAGAUGCGGCAACUGCUGGACAAGCAGCAGAAGCAGAUGGUGGAAGAUUACCAGUGGCUGAGGCAGGAGGAGAAAGCCCUGGACCCCAUGGUUUACAUGAACGACAAGUCCCCAUUGACCCCAGAGAAGGAGGCCGGCUACAGUAAGUCGGAGUUCACAGCCCCCCCGCAGAAACCACCACGGCUCGGCGCACAGUCCAUCCAGCCCACAGCCAACCUGGAUCGGACCGACGACCUGGUGUACCUCAACGUCAUGGAGCUGGUGCGGGCUGUGCUGGAUCUCAAGAAUGAGCUCUGCCAGCUGCCUCCCGAGGGCUACGUGGUGGUGGUGAAGAAUGUGGGCCUGACCCUGCGGAAGCUCAUCGGCAGUGUGGAUGACCUCCUGCCCUCCUUGCCGUCGUCUUCACGGACAGAGAUCGAGGGGACCCAGAAACUGCUGAACAAGGACCUUGCGGAACUCAUCAAUAAGAUGCGACUGGCCCAGCAGAACGCUGUGACUUCCCUGAGUGAGGAGUGCAAGCGGCAGAUGCUCACCGCCUCCCACACGCUGGCCGUGGACGCCAAGAACCUGCUGGACGCCGUGGACCAAGCCAAGGUCCUGGCCAACCUGGCCCGCCCACUGGCAGAGUGAAGAGGGCGGCGCCCCCCGCCCACGUCUCCACCGCGCCCGCCCGCCCCUCCCUGCUCCUGCCCCUGCCCCUGCCCCUGCCCCUGCCUCGCCUUCGGUCCCGUGGGCCCACUUGGGGAGGGAAGGCCAAGAGGGGUCCUUCUUCCCUUGCCAUUUUGCACGACCCCUCUCCUCCACCCUACUCCCAGACUGUGCUGCCCAGGCUGCAGCUGGACAGAGGGGACUCAGGGCUGCAGGACACCAAGGGGUUACAAAGAGGCUCAGAGGGAGCAUGGCUGCUGCCCACCAGCCACUCCUACCUGGCCCAAGGGGGUCACUUGGCAGUCCCUUGUGGCCAAGAUGGCUUUACGCAGGCACAGGGCAGGCCGAUUGGGGAACCAAGCUAGUCCUUCUCCUUCCUGCUCCGCCCACAGAGGUCCCCUCUCCUAACCCCAUGCACAGAGAGAGGGGCCGAGAGGGGUUUUCAGUGGGGAGGCCGGUGGCUGGUGCCAUGAGGGAUGGACCUGGCCUUCUUGUACAGUGUAUAUUGGAAUUUAUUUAAUGUGAGUCUGGUCUGGACCAACAGCCAUGUGCCCCACUGAGGGGCGGAGCAGGGCCUGGGACGGUCAAGGGACAAGCUAUUGGGAGUUGGCUCCCGGGAGGCUGUGUCCUCCACACGCAGAGAGGGGAGGAGGGGAGAAGCAAGGCCACACUGGACCUGGGCGCCUUCCGCACUCCUCGCCCCCUGGCUUUGCUUCCCUCCCUGGCCCCUUCCUUCUCUCUUCUUACUGUCUUUUCUUACUUGUCUUUUCUCGCCCACACCCUGUCUCCCUCCCUCCCUUGUGUUUGUGCAGAACACUCUUACCUCCUUUAUAUUUGACUUGUGGAUGAAUUAAAAUUGUACCAUUUGCUUUGUG